AUGCAAGCGUGGCUUCAGCAACUUAACAUGGGCGGUCCUGGGGGCCACAUGCGAGGUAGUUAUGAUCAAACAUUCGUGGUUUACGGAGCUGUAUUUCUUCCAAAUGCCACUCAAACCAAAAUCGCUGAAAUCAACUAUGGUGGAAAAAUUCUACUGCCAACUUCUGCACUCGAUCUAUUGCUUCGGAUGAAUAUUCAGUAUCCUAUGCUUUUCAAGCUCACCAAUAUGGCUGCACAAAGAAUUACACACUGUGGAGUUCUGGAGUUCUCAGCGCCAGAAGGACAAGCUAUUCUUCCACAUUGGAUGAUGCAGCAGUUGGGUCUCUCUGAUGGAGACACCAUCCGUGUUGAAUCAGCUACUGUUCCAAAAGCAACAUUCGCCAAAUUGAAACCAAUGUCUUUGGAGUUUUUGAAUAUUACCAACCCAAAAGCAUUUCUGGAAGUGGAGCUCAGAAAAUAUGCUUGUCUUACGAAAGGUGACCGUAUUCCAACCUCUUAUGCUGGUCAGACACUCGAAUUUUCAAUUGUUGAUGUCAAACCAGCCAACUCUGUGUGCAUCAUCGAAUGUGAUGUGAACCUUGAUUUCGACGCUCCAGAGGGAUAUGUUGAGGAGCCAAGACAAGUUGCUCCAGCCGUCAAUGUCAAACCUCCACCACCACCAGCUUCUGCUUUUGUUGGAGUCGGCAAACCUCUCGGUGGAGCAGCAACAACAGCCACGUCGGUUUUUGGAGGAGCUGGACGCCGACUCGACGGAAAGAAAAAGCCAACGUCGUCGGUGUCGCUGUGUUCGGAAGGAACAACCGGUGCCAGUACAAGUGAUGCUGCGGCAGUAGCCAACGAUUUACCAGCAAUCCCACCAGUUGUCGUUAACGAGGACUACAAACCAGGCCGUUGUUCGUUCGUUCGUUAUGAUUACAAACGAGUCGAUGUACUCGAAAAGGAGCUUCGUGAACGAGAGGCAAAAGAAAAGUCGCAGCCGUCAAAAAUGUUCCAAGGAAGCAAUCGUACUCUGAGAGGAGCUCGCUAA